AUGGCAGAUCUGGAGGCCUUGAAAGCUCAGUUUUUGGCGUUGCAGUCGGCUCCUCCGCAGGUUCGGAUCAGCGAGAGUACGUGUCUGGAUGUCUUGCAGCUGUUGCUGCAGCAGCAGCUCCUGCGUGUGCUGCCCAGCAGCAAUGGCAAGGAGUUUAUCACGCCGGAGAGGCUGGAACAGGAGCUCAGGCUCUUGAUAACUCAGAAGAAGGGUAGACUCAAUGUCGCCGAGGCUGCGCAGUCUUUAAGCCUAAGCAGCGAGGCUGUUGGACUGAAAGCCGAAGAACUCUGCAGGAAGAGCGCAGGACUGUGCAUUCUAGACGGCGACUUGAUAAGCAGCAGCUAUUUGUCGAACCUUGCGGCGGAAGUCGAAGAAACCCUCGAGCCCAACUCCCUGGAUACGGCUGCCUUCGCUGCACACGUAGCAGCAGCGGCACGAGGACUUCUUCUCGGGGCGUCAGCGCCGCUCUCCUUGGUGGAUGCUGCGCAGGCUCUCAACUUGCCAUUGGAGAGCCUCAUUCAAGCGGCAAACGACUUGGUAGAGACGGGAGCGGCGUGCGGCCAGCUGCACGGAAAAGUUUUUUCUCCUCGGGCCUUCACAGAUGCGCAGGAGGCGCAGGAGGCCCUCGUGGAGGGCAUCUGGAUCGAGCUGACCCCUUUGUUGCCUUCCGCACUUUCAGACGCAGAUAUUUCCGCAGUGGCCUCUUUGUUACUCGCGUCAUUGGGAGUUUCUCAUCAGGGCCCCUCCAAAGGGAGGCCUGAGGCUCACGUCCUCGAAGGGGGGAUCAUCGUCUCCGAGACGUGCCUCAAGAAUAUCUUGGAGGCAUUAGAGCCUCUCCUGCAGACGAAAGCUGCCGAGACAGCAGAGAGCGACUGGGAAGGCGACUGCAAGAGAAAGGGGAAGAAGGGAAGAGGCGCCAAGCCUUCAGGUCAGCAAUGCGAGGCUGUGACACGCGCCGAAGUUGAUGCCGCAGGGGUCGCGUCAUGGAAUGCGAUCCCUGAGGUUGCGCAGGAGGCGGUUUGGCCUAUGCUCCAACUUCGGAUUGAACAGGCCUCCGUCCUGCAGCAAAAGCAGCAGAAGGCUGCGGCAGAGGGGGAGCUGCUGCAGCGACGCUACGAGGUUUUGUGCCUUGGGCUUAAGGCUGUGGAGGUGAGCAGCAGGGCUAGCGCGAAUUGUAAGGGCAAAAGGCCACGUGGGGCCUUAUGCCCGCCGUCACAGCAGCAGCAGCUGCAGCAGAAGCAGAAUCCUUUGGCUGCCCAUCUUUUCAAAUCGACUGUGUUUGAGAUCCUAGACAAGCUCAUCCUGGCAGCGUUUAUGCAUGAAACCGGCGAGGUGGUGGAGGUGUCGAGCAACAAUCGCCAGCAGCUGCUCUCUCGGCUGAGCGCCAGCGGAGAUGAGAGCAGCAGCAGUGCUGCCUCUGCGCUGCAGCAGGCAGCAGCAGCAGCCGCGCGGAGGGACGUCACAACUAUUGGAGUGGACAUCAAAGAAGCCGCCAGCGAAUGCCAUGUAUUUCUUCGUCCUCCGGACAAGAAACGGACUAAGCAGCUGCUGUCAGAGCUGCGUGCGACUUGGACAGAAGCAGCAGCGACAGCAGCAGAUUUGCAGCAGCACAGGAAGCUUUGCCAUGCCGCAGCGAACCUUUUGCUUCUAAAGCACACUGGGGUGUGGCUGGAAUUCCCUCAAGAGGACUGGGCCCUUAAUGCGGUAAGUGCUUUACUGGAGCGGCAAGACGAACGGGAGCCACCGGCAGAAGGCCUCGAGGAAUUCAAGGGCCUCCUAGAGGCAUUGCAAAACGGCGCAGAAGAAGCUCUGCAAAACGCAAGUGCCUCCCUUAGAGCCAAGAUUCUUCCUGCAGGGCCACGCACGCUUACUCCUAGUUUGCGAAAUAGCUCUCGAGUGCGUGUUAAGGGCUCCCGUUUACCCCUUGGAGCGGGCCUACUUCAGGGCGCUUUCGCUACACUCUCUCUAAACACUUGGAGCAUUUACAACAGCGAAUCUCGAAUAUCAUCUAGUGUACUUGCGCUCAACAUUCCGACGUGUCGUAUCGAGCUAGCAGUAAUCUGCACUAGAAGAUGUGCGAACACAGAGGCCAAUGAGGCAACGCGCUUCGCCAAAGUUUGUUCAAUCCCAAUUUAG